AUGAAGACAAUGGUGCUCCACAACCUUUGUUAUUAUGGCGUCAAGAUGCUAGUGAACACAAACAACAGCCUGUUACGAUUUGUCAUUGAUGGUGCUCAACAACAAGAUUUUACUACUUAUUUAUUAGAACGACAUUUAAUUCUACAUGUUUGGGAGGCUGAUUCAAUUUUUCAUUUGGGUGUUGCUUCGAUUCCUUUGAAGUAUUUACUUCGACAAGGUUCUUCAGGAGUUCAGUGCUCGCUUCAGUGUCAAGUUUUCCAAUCUGGGUUUUCUCCUGAUUUGAACCCUUCACAAGGGCCUAUUAUUAAUGGAGUACUUUUCUUACGUUUUGCUAAUAUUUGUCUUUCAACAGUUAAUGCAAUAAAUAUCAAGAGUAGUUCAACUGUUAUCAAACGUGUCCGUCAACUUCACAAAAGUCAAGAGACUCCUUUGGAACAUUUUAUGGCACUGCAAAAGUUAUUUUAA